AUGAUCAAUUUAUUACUUCUAUUUAUUACAUUCUCAUUAUCAAAACAAUGUAAUGAAUACAAUCAAGGAUAUGAAAUAGAUACAGUAGAUAGUGCAUUUGAAUGUAUUGAAUCAAUUGAAACAACAGAAAAAGAAAAUGAAGAUAUUAUUAAAGGAUUAAAAGAAUAUUUAGAAGUAUAUGUUUUAAAAGAUAUAUUAAAGAAUCCACCACAACCAUCAUUUUCAAAUAAUUAUUAUGAAAAAGUGGAUAUUGAUGCAGAAUUAAAUAAAAUAAAUACAAAAACAACAAGUAUGUAUGAAUUCUAUUCUCAAAUACAAAAUCUUAUUAUUUCAACAAGAGAUUCUCACUUACAAUUUUAUGUUGAUUAUGAACUUAAUAAACCAAAUUCAGAAUUAGUUUAUUUCUAUUAUUUCCUUCCAUUUACAUUAUAUAUUGAUAAUAAUAAGAAAAUGUAUUUAAUUCCUAGAAACGAACCCCUUGGUAUUCCUAUUGACGUUCCAGAAGAAAUAGUUAAUAAUGAAAAAGUAGCAGUUAAAACAAUAAAUGGAGAAGAUCCAUUUAAUAUUAUUCGUGAAUUUGGAAAGAAAUAUAUGGGAUUAAAAUGUCCACACGCACAAUUUACAUUAGCAAAAGAUUAUUUAGUUGAAGGAUAUUUAAAUAUUUUACCAUUACCAAAAGAAUAUUUAAACACACCAAUAAGUAUUACAUGGGAAAAUGGAGAAAGUCUAACAAUUAAUUAUAAGAUAAUUAAACUUAACAGAUCAAAUCAGAAAUUCCAACAAGUACUUGAAAGAAGUAAGAGAAGAGGAAUAAGAGAUAGACUAAGAAUAGAAGAUUUAGAAGAAACAAAUAAAACAAGAACAAAAGAAAAUGAAAAUAAUGAAUAUCAACCAAAUUGUUCACCUGAAAAUAAAAUAUGUUGUUUAACAACAAGUAACAAAAUAAACACAUUAAUUGUAAAUACUUUUGAUGUUACAGGUAAAAGUGUAACAAAUAAAAUAAAUGAAUUUAUAGAUAAAUUGAAUGAAUGUGUUGAUUUAUUUGAUUCUAAUAAUUAUCCAAUUCAACUCAUAUUCUCAAAGAAUAGUGGAGGUUCAGUACUUCUUUCUAGUGCAAUUGAAAAGAUAUUAUCACCAUAUGAUGAUGUAGAUUACAUUGGAUCAGUAAGAAUAUCAGAUUUCACAGAAGAUAUAAUUAAAAAGUCAUCAUAUAUUGAAUCAAUGUAUGAUCCAGAAACAUGUGAAAGAAGAGAGCAAGAAAAUAACCCAAAAACAUUUGGAGAAUGGUAUUCAAAUCCAAGUAUUAUUAAAUAUGGUGAUGUUGAACAUAAAGUUUCACAACCUUCAAAGAUAAUUUUUGAUAAACUUAUUCAAACACCUUCACUUGGUAUUCAUCAAUUAAAGAAAUUAAUGAAAAACAAAAGAAAACCAACAGAAAUAGUAGUUUAUACUGAUUCAUAUUGCUAUUCUGCCUGUUCGUGGGUAACAAAAGGAUUAAAAGAAUGGGGAGGAGCUAUUAUUGUUGGAUUUGAUGGUGAUCCAUAUGGUAAAGAUGAAGAAUUUGAAGUAGGAUUAUCACCAUCUAAUAAUAUUCCAGAUAUAAAUGAUAUAGAUAAAGAUAAUAUUUUAAAACAAUAUGGAUAUAAUCUUGGAUUAACUGUUAGAGAAACAUAUAGAUUUAAUUAUGAAUAUAAUGAAAGUAUUCCUAGAGAAUUUCUAACUGAUAUGAUAGAUGAAAGAGUGAAUAUUUAUCAAUUUGAUCAAACAGAAAAAGUGAUUAAAGAGUUUGAAGGAGAAACAAAAAAGAUAAUAGAGAAAUAUCAAACAAAAUGUAAUCCAAAUAAUAAAAGAUUAGUUAAAAGAGAUGAAAAAUGUGAUAAAGAAAUUAAUAUAGAACAUGGACAUGGGGGAUAUGAAUGUGGAGAUAAUGGAGAAUGGAGCACAAAAUGCGUGAUGGCAUAUUGUGAUGAUGGAUAUAAAUUUGAUUAUAAUAAUAACAAAUGCAUUGAAGAUGUAUGUGUUAAUCCACCAACAGAAUCAGAAUCAGAUAAUGGAACAACAAGCAUGACAGUAAACCUAGUCAUGACAAUAAUUGGAAUAAUCACAUUAAUUCUCUAA